AUGUCGAAGCUUGGAAACCGCGCCGACUGGGCCGACGACGAGGAGUUCGACGACCCCUCCGCUCUCCCCCCGCAGCAAAUCACGACCAACAAAGAUGGCACGAAGACGAUCGUCUCCUACCGAUUCAACGACGAAGGCAAGAAGGUGAAGGUGACCCGCCGGAUCAAAACGACCGUUGUGCGCGAACAUGUCAACCCGCAGGUCGCGGAGCGGAGGUCCUGGGCCAAGUUCGGUCUGGAGAAGGGCAACGCGCCCGGACCUUCGUUCGAUACGACCUCCGUGGGUGAGAACAUUGUUUUCCGGCCCAGCGUCAACUGGAAGCUUCAGGCGGCUGAGGCGGAGAAGAACGGUGGCGAGAAGGGCAGUGUGAAGGAUCAGCUGAAGGACAAGAAGGUCAAGUGUCGUAUUUGCAGUGGCGAGCACUUUACUGCUCGCUGUCCCUUCAAGGAUACUAUGGCUCCUGUCGACGAGCCCACUGCUGGUGGAGAGGCUGGUGAUGAGGAUUCUCCGGCUGCUGGCGCUUUGGGUGCUGGUACUUCUAGCUACGUGCCCCCUCAUCUGCGGAAGGGUGCUGCUGGUGGCGGAGAGAGAAUGGCUGGCAAGUAUGAGAAGGAUGAUUUGGCGACUCUGAGAGUUACGAACGUGAGCGAGUUGGCAGAGGAAGGAGAACUGCGGGAUCUGUUCGAACGCUUCGGUCGUGUCACCAGAGUCUUCCUUGCCAGAGACAGAGAAACCCAGAGAGCCAAGGGCUUCGCUUUCAUCAGCUUUGCGGAUCGGAGCGAUGCUGCACGUGCUUGCGAGAAGAUGGAUGGCUUCGGUUACCGUCACCUUAUCCUGCGCGUCGAAUUCGCCAAGCGUGCCACUUAG